AUGCUAAAAUUGAAUGGAAAUUGGGAUCACUAUGGCAGAUUUAGAGAUUUUGAAGUUGAUGCCAUUGUGGUAGAUGAGAAUGCAAGCUACGGAAUUCUGAUUUCUACAAUUGCAGAACAACUAUCGAUUGAUACAUCGGAUAAAAUUGUAGAAAUCAAAUACAUUGUGAACGACAAUUGUCCUCCAAUGGAGAUUAGAAAUGAUAUGGGGGUUCGUGUGUAUAUGGAGACCAAAAAGGAGAAUAAGAACUUAGGUUCGUAUCCUUUAUGUAUAAGCGUAAGAGAUUUCAAUAUGGAAUUGGCAAUCACCAACGAUAGCACAAGUGCAGGUUCGUCUGGAUCCCUAAACUUACUUGAAAUUCCAUCUUCACCAGCUAUAGAGGAAUAUCAAAGUGAAAUAAUAACUGAAUCUACGCAAACAUAUAUUGAAGAAGGACAAGUUUAUCAGGACAAGCAAACUGUAGUUGUUGCAAUGAAGAAUUUUUCUGUGAUGCACAAGUUCCAGUUCAGAGCAACGUCAAUUAAUGAUUCGGCAAUGUUCAAGAUAAGGAGUUUCAGCCGACAACACACAUGCUCCUUAUUGGACGAAACAUUCAUACAGCGCAAACGUACUGCAGCUAUAGUUGGUAGCAUGGUCGUUCCAAAGUAUUGUGAUCCUAAGACUAUUUACACACCAAAGGACAUACAAACUGACAUGUUAUCCGAACAUGGACUGAACCUAAGUUACAUGCAAGCAUGGAGAGCCAAGGAAAAGGAUUUACAGUUUUUGAGAGGGAAUCCGUCUGACUCCUACAGCAAAUUACCCAAAUAUUUUUAUAUUCUUGAGGAGACUUAUCCUAGUUCUGUUGUUAAAUUGAAGAAGGCAGCAGAUGAUUGCUUCUUAUACGUGUUUGUUGCCCUUUGUACAUCAAUAAGUGGUUGGCAACAUUGUAGGCCAAUAUUAGUGGUUGAUGGGACAUUCUUAAAGUCAGCCUACAGGGGGAUUAUGCUUACAGCAAGCACCAUGGAUGCAGCAGGUACUAUAUUUCCCUUGGCAUAUGAUGUGGUUGAUUCUGAAAAUGACGCGUCUUGGAAGUGGUUCUUUGAGCAAUUCAAGGAGGCAUAUGGUGAAAAACCUUCAAUGUGUGUUGUUUCAGAUAGGAAUGAGAGUAUACUGAAGGCAACAUCAAUUGUCUAUCCGGGCAUGCCACACUACUCUUCACGGUCAUACACUCUGGAUGAAUUUAAUGAAAGGAUGUUGAAGAUUGAAGAGGUAGACCCGCGUGUGAAAUCUUACCUAUAUGAUAUUGGCUAUCAUAGAUGGUCAAGAGUACAUGCAACAGUGAAUAGAACUUUUACUAUGACAUCAAACAUUGCCGAGCCGUUGAAUGCUAUAACAAAAGAGGCAAGAGAGCUGCCAAUAUUUGAUCUAUUAGAGUAUAUGAGGACGCUUCUUGAAUGUUGGACGAAAGAGAAGUUAUUGAAGGCAAAGGGUACUUUCACAUACCUUGGGUACAAAUUCAACAAAGAAUUGGAUGACAACAAUACAUUAUCUCAGAAACUAAGGGUGAGGGCUUCAACAGAUCAUAUACAUACUGUGUUAGAUGGUGUGAAGCGGUACAUUGUGUGUCUAGAAAACAAGAAAUGUAGCUGCGGACAAUUCCAACUUGAUGAACUUCCAUGUGCGCAUGCUUUGGCAGCAUUAAGGCACAGGAAGGAAACAUACGAAAACUAUUGCUCUCUGUAUUACACAAGGAAGAGCCUUCUUCUUACCUAUGAAAUGCCAGUAAAUCCUCUUCCUAAUGAAAGCAAAUGGGAUGUGCCACAACAUAUUUUGGAUGAGGUAGUAAAGCCACCGGCGGGAGAUAAAAGGCAGCCAGAGAGACCUCACAAGGAAAGAUAUAAAACAUUUGAUGAAAUAAAGUCAAAGAAGUACAAGGUCUCAUGUGGAAAUUGUGGAGGCGAAGGGCAUAACAAAAGAACUUGCAAGAAUACGCCCAAAAAGAAAUGA